AUGAAUCAGCAGCUGCCGGAAGUUUCCUUGGGUAAUAGCGGUGUAGGCAACAACAUCGAGGCUCCUGCUACGGAGGAAGGAGAAGAAGAAGAAGUACAGCAGCAGCAGCAGCCGCAACAGGUGGAGGAGGCUGAAUCUAGAGAUCUAAUCGUCGCCGAGGAGAAACCUUCAUCAGAGAAAUCAGCAGACGGAGAGAAAGAAGACGAUCAAAUGGAGGUUGAUCCCGUGAGUCCGGCCACAGUUUUCUGCGUCAAGCUUAAGCAGCCCAAUUCCAAUCUGCUUCAUAAGAUGAGCGUCCCUGAAUUGUGCCGUAACUUCAGGUCUCGACUUUGCUUCUUUCUCCGAUCCUCCAGUUUUUUUUUUUAA